UUAAUUAAUUACGAUGCUUAGUUUGAUUAUAUGAAUUUGAUUAGUCUAUAUAAUUAUAUUAUUUAAUUAGUUUGAUAUCAUGAAUUUCUUUCAACAUUGUAAUUAGAUUGUGUCCUUAGUAUAAUUAUAUGAAUGUCCUUAUCCGGUAAAAUUAGAAAAAAUUACGUGUACCUUUGUUUAGCAGAUACAAUAUUAUGAAGCUUGUAAUAUAUUCUAAUUUGUUGUUCACCUAUUUGUUGAACCAUGAAGCCUUAAAUCAUUAUCAUGGCUCAUGGUGGUCUUCCCGAGCUUCUUCAGCAGCGGUACGACGAGAACCAUAGGGGAAGGAUGAUAUUCACAGGACAACAGUUGGGUCCGUUACGAGCCCGGAGUGUGCACAAGAUUAAGGAGUUGGACCCUCGAUUCCACGAGCCACUCGCACGGGCGGGACUACUACCUUUCGCUCUCAUGAUGGCCGGAGCUCCCAUGGAGGUCGGUGGUAGGACACCUCUCCCGGCAAUUGAUGAGGCACUGCUCACAGGUCUCGUCGACCGCUGGCGUCCUGAGACACACACUUUCCACUUUCCUUUUGGUGAGAUGGCAGUAACACUGCGGGACGUGGCCAUGCUGACCGGGCUGCCAAUAAGGGGUGCCCCGUUAAUAGUUUCGCGACCCGCAAGGGAGCAGUGGAAGGGUUAUGUUGCAGAUAGGUUUGGUGUGCAAUACGACGGGAAGGAUGCUGGCCUCUCCAUGUCCUGGGUUCAUGGGCUGACACAGUUCGGUCCAUGCCCACUGGAUGCGGACGAGAAUACACUUAUGCAACACUAUGAGGUGUACUUAUACGUCCUGCUCGGAAGCAUCAUGUUCUGCAACACGGCAGGCGAUUAUGUCGUCCCACAUAUUGUAUGGUUAGCAGCCCACCUCGCGUCACAUCCUUAUGAGCCUACAUCUUACAGUUGGGGAUCUGCAGUGUUGGCUGCAACCUACAGAGGAUUGUGUGAUGCAACCCAGCGAACAAAGAGGAAGGCAACCAUUACAGGGUGCUUACAUCUCUUACAGUUAUAGAGUUGGGAGUACCUCCCGAUUUCCAGACCUUGGGUGCUCAAGUGCUACUACCCAGUUCACAUCUCUGAUGGCAUUGCAGAUGACAUAAGGCCAACGAUGGGGUAUCGG